CGGGCUGCCGCCUUCGGCUCCGCGCGCGUCGGCCGCCCGCUCAGCCCUGCCCAUGUCGGACGUGCUGGCCGCCGCCGCCGGCUCCUGCUUCGAGCCCCCGGCCGCCGGGGAGCCGGGCGGCCGCGGCGGCCCCGCGCCCCAGGUCCCCUCAGAAAAUGAAGACUCAGCCCAAAAGACAGACCCUGCAGAUCGGCUGGUUGAUUCUUUGGAGUCCAGUACUUCGCAGAGCGGGUCGCAGAUUGGGUCGCUUGUGAGUGCGGGUGCGACAGAGGAUUCGAAGGAAGAAGCUGGUACUUUGGAAGACCAGGAAGUGGCUGAACUAGAAGAGGAGCUGCCUGACCAAAUCCAGUCCCUCAAAGAGGAAGCUGUUGUUCGGAUAACCAACUACCAUGUACUUCAAGGAGCAGGGGAUAUAGUCAUGAUUCAGUCAGAUCACACUGGUGCUGUGGAUAUCCUUUCAGCUGAGCUGGAGACUGCAGACCUCCUUGGGGAGCAGAGGAAAGCUCAGCCUCCCCCUCUGGCUCCACCUACCAUGUGGACAACUGAGAAGACAAAGGAAUUCAAAGCCAAGAUGGGAAAGGAGAAGAAUGGCCAGAUGGUGGUGAAGCGAGGCGAGGUGGUGACAGUCCGUGUGCCAACUCAUCCUAAUGGGAAAUGCAUUUGUUGGGAGUUUGCUACAGAUGACUACGACAUUGGGUUUGGAGUCUAUUUUGACUGGACCACAGUUACUAGCACUGCCAUUACUGUUCAGGUCAGUGAAUCCAGUGAUGAGGAGGAUGAAGAAGAGGAGGAGGAAAUUGAAGGACUCGCCCCUGUUGGUGACGUGGAAAGGGGCUCCAAAAGCUAUCUGCGGAACCGCUAUGGAGAGAUCAUGCCCGUAUAUCGGAGGAACAGCCAUCGGGAGGUGCAGGCAGGCAGCCACGAGUACCCAGGCGAGGGCAUCUACCUGCUGAAAUUUGAUAACUCGUACUCUCUCCUCCGUAAUAAGACUCUGUUCUUUCAUGUCUAUUACACUAGCUGAAGAAAAGGGAAGGGGCAGGGACGGCAGGCAGGUGAUGGUGAGCGUAGCAGGCUGCCACCCAGCCCUGGUACUGCCUGAUGGGCACUCCUGUGUGACAGAACCAAGGCACAAUUCUGCCGGCUCCUCUUCAGACACUAACUGGUUUCUCCCCACACCCUCCUUCCCUGCUGUCCCAGUGGAGAAAGGUAGUUGUGACUGCCUGGUUGUCCACAGGCAGCUGCUCUUUCUGUAAAACUUCGGGAGGUCUGCUCUGUGCAGGCAUCGGGCUGGGCCUUCAUGUCACAGCCGGUAAAUGCCCAGAGGCCAGGUUCAGGUGGUCGUGGUUUUGAUCUGUUGUGCUGGUACGAAAUGAAGUGAAAAUAUUCUUGAUCUGUUACUAUUUUGUGAAUAACUUUUCCAACUCUCCUGCUGCAUUUGCAUCACUAGAGGGCAGCUGUCAGCUGCAGUGAGCCAAAAGCACAGCUGGCUUGUCACCUAGCCACUGGUAAUCUCAUCACCUACCACUACUACAUGUCACCAGCAACCAGCGCUUCCUUCACUCGUGUGGGUGGGGGUGCAGCUGGCCAGCGGCAGCCCAUGCUGCAGUGGCUAGGCCAUGCUACAACAGCGGGUCCCCAACGGCAGUCACGGCAUGUG